CACUCACUAGCUGCUUUAAUCAAAACAAAAGCGCUCAUCGGCCGUCGUCGUCGUGACUGUUUACGGCGACUUUUUUUUCAAGUUUUUCAUAGUUUUUUGUUAGUUUAAUUUGAUAAACUAGUUUCUUUUGUAACUAGUACCAUCCAGCAUGUCUCAGGAUAUAGACAGCGAGGGAGUGCCCACUAGUGAGUACAGCGACACAGUGAAGGCUCUCUCGUCCGGUUUGCUGGAAAUCUACGAGCCAACUCUGAAUGAGGUCAAAGGAAGUUUGAAGGAGCUGUUAGAUAAGCAAUAUGAAAUGCAAGCAACGAUAGCAACAGAAAAACUAACCUACAUAAGUCAGGAUGUGCAACAAAUCAACGAAAUGAUCAACAAAGCCAAACUUUACAGAGAGAAAGCAGUACGAAUCAAAAAUCAAAUGCACCAAAUCCAUCAACGAGCCAAGAGUUUACGGGCUAAGGCACUGGACAUGCAGGAGUUAAAAGUGAAUCAGUGCGCCUCAAAGCUUCAGCAGCUACAUUACGAAGAAUCUCUGGUGGCGAGCAUUAAAAAAGUCCCCGGCAAAAAGUCCUAGUCUUGGACGAGGCUGUCGCAUUUAUUGUUGGUGAAACAAUCAAAACUUUUCCAUGUACUUGUAGAGAGGCAAAAACAAGACACUUUAUCGUCACAAUAUUUACCAAAACCAUUAGAAUUUUCGGAUUUCGUUAAUGUUUUUUUAUCAUCGUUUGCGGCCAAAGGAGUAAAUCAAAACGAAACCAUUUUAACCUGCAGCAGUUUAUACACAUUUUCAAAGUGUGCUUUUCCAUACAAUAUACAUUUUAAUCUUAUCAUUAAAACACUAUAAAGGAAAUUGUCUUAUUUGUUUGUACUGGUACGAUGAUGACCCGCUCCCGUCACGUUCUUCCGUGCACUAUCGGUUCGUCGUCAUCUAGCUGGUCCAGGGCAUCGCCUGGGGAAGUAUAUCCGGCACGAACGUCUGGAAAAAAUGUUUUAAUUAUAA